UCCUCCUCUUCUGCUAUCCCCAGGCUCGAGAUCUGGGUUUUAUUGUGUAAUACCACUCUGCGCAUCGUUCCCUCUACCAUAUCUCUGACAAUGCCUCCCGUACCUUCGUCGUCCGACCGGUGUCGGGUAAUCUUGUACCAUCAGACUCUCUGUCCCAAUGGAGGCCAGUAUGUCUCUAUGAUGCCACUAGUCCAGAACAAUACAGGCGUUACGCACAUCAUCCUCGCAGCCUUUCACCUGAACGCAGACCCGGAACACAUUACACUGAACAAUGAUCCACCACAACACAGCAUGUACGACGCCCUAUGGGCCGAGGUACCCCGCGUGAAACAACAGGGGGUACGCAUCAUGGGAAUGCUCGGGGGCGCUGCGCAGGGCUCGUUCCGCUCCCUGGAUGGAGAUGCAGAGAAAUUCGAACUGUACUACCGACCCCUGCUGGCCAUGAUCCGGCGCCAUGGAUUGGACGGGCUAGAUCUCGAUGUGGAAGAGGAAAUGUCGUUGGCAGGCAUCAUCCGACUUAUUGACAGACUCAAGCUGGAUCUGGGAGACGAGUUUAUUGUGACGCUAGCUCCAGUUGCGGCGGCCAUGCUGGGCCUGGGAAACCUGUCGGGGUUCGACUACCGGGAGCUGGAACAACAGAGAGCCGCAAAGAUCAGUUGGUACAACACGCAGUUCUACAACGGUUGGGGACCCGCGGAUGAUCCCCGGAUGUAUGCUGCCAUCGUCGCACAGGGCUGGUCCCCAAACCGGGUGGUGCUUGGGAUGUUGACCAAUCCAGGCAAUGGGUCGCAGGGCUAUGUGCCCCCCGAGAAAAUCGGACCUAUCCUGGCCAUGCUGAUUGAACAAUAUCCUGAUUUUGGGGGCGUCAUGGGCUGGGAGUAUUUCAACUCGGAACCCGGGGAACAGGAGCAUCCAUGGUACUGGGCAGCGGAGAUGUCCCUGAGCAUGCACAUGAAAGAUCUCGUGGAUGCAACGCGCCAGCUCACUUCAGGGCCGAUGACCAGCAGCUUGAUGAACGUGCUUCGCGACAUGAUGCAGCGGCGAUAGACGGGGAGAAAUGUAGAGUAAAGUAUAACUAUAAGGAUGUGUAUCCAUCGCUCCGCUGGAAGUCUAUAGCUGCACGUAAAAUGUUUUGCUAGCUGUUGGAAUAAAGAAGGAUGCGCGGU